CCCUCAUUGUGUGGCAAUGGACAGGGGCUCUCGGCUGUCUCUGCCUGAGUGGACGGGCCGCAGUCCACCUGAGAAGGGCGGAGGAGCCAACUGCAAGAUCGCCUGCCUGGAUUCAGGUGUGCCACGAGACACUGGUUCUGCUUGGAAUUCCGAAAACUCCUUCCCCAUCAUGAAGCUACUCUACCUUCUCUUCCUCUUACUUGUGUGCCUUAUGCAGACAACAGUGGGGAAAGAAAAAAAGAACAACCUUGAAUGUGAGAAAAUGGGUGGUGCCUGCAAGUAUCAAAACACCCAUGGGUGCGUCAUCCUGCCUGGAGAAUGCAAGAGUCGGAAGAAACACUGCUGCCGAGUCUAG